AGAGCUAGAGAGAGGUGUUGGGACUUGGCGUUGGUCUUUGUGGAUUUGUAGUUGAGAGCUGAAAACUAAUAGAAACAGAAAAGUGAUUUUGAGCCUGAAAAGUUUCCCGAGUAAUCUUUAAAUCUGUAAUUUGCCCAAUCAAAAACUCAAAAAUUGCAUAAUCCGCGAAUUUGCUUUGCCUGACUGAACAGGAUAUUUGAGAAGAAAGAUUAGAAGAGAGGGAUGGGGUGGGCAUGGGCGAUCUACGAAGGAUUUGUGGUGCUUGGAUCACUGUGUCUGUUAGGAUGGACGGGGCUUUGGUUCUUGAACAGAAGGCUGUACAAGGAGUACGAAGAGAAGCGAGUAUUGGUUCAGAUCAUUUUCAGUGUUGUCUUCGCCUUCUCUUGCAAUCUCCUCCAGCUUGUUCUCUUCGAGAUCAUCCCUGUUCUAUCUAGAGAGGCAAGAAUGAUAAAUUGGAAGGUCGAUUUGUUCUGUCUGAUAUUACUCCUUGUUUUCAUGUUGCCCUAUUAUCAUUGCUAUUUGACGCUUUGCAACAAUGGAGUAAGGAAGGAACGGGCUGCUGUUGGAGCGAUCUUAUUCUUGUUGGCUUUCCUGUAUGCUUUUUGGCGUAUGGGCAUUCACUUCCCUAUGCCUUCACCCGACAAAGGUUUCUUUACCAUGCCUCAGUUGGUCAGCAGAAUUGGUGUCAUUGGUGUGACUGUCAUGGCUGUCCUAUCUGGUUUUGGAGCUGUAAAUCUUCCAUACAGUUAUCUAUCACUGUUCAUAAGGGAGAUUGAGGAAUCAGGGAUCAAGGCAUUGGAGAGACAACUUAUGCAAUCGAUUGAGACUUGUGUUGUAAAGAAAAAGAAGAUUAUUCUUUGUCAAAUGGAGAUGGAACGGAUUCAAGGAUCAGAAGAGAAAUUGAAGACUAGAUCUUUCUUCAAACGGAUUGUUAGUACUGUUGUGCGUUCUGUGCAAGAUGACCAAAAGGAGCAAGGUUCAGGUUCACUAGCAUUGUGCAAUCUGCCUACCAAAGAUCUGGUCGCCAAAAGUUGUUUCACAUGCUGCUGCUCUCUGGAAGCUGCUGCUUUUUCUCGAACAUGGAGGGGUCACAUGCAGAAUUUGCUUGGCUAUGCAUGUUCUAUAUACUGUGUGUAUAAAAUGAUUAAGUCUUUACAAAGUGUUGUUUUCAAGGAGGCUGGCUCUGUUGAUCCUGUGACAAUGACAAUAAGCAUAUUCUUGCAGCUUUUUGAUAUAGGAAUCAAUGCAACACUGCUAUCUCAGUAUAUUUCCCUAUUAUUUAUAGGGAUGUUGAUUGUUAUAUCAGUACGUGGAUUCUUAACAAAUCUAAUGAAGGUAAUCCUGGAUUUGCUUAAAUUUUUUGGGUUUUCUGCAUGUGGUUUUAUUGUUCUUUCUAUACUAAUUUAUUAAAUGAGAUGGGCAAGUUCUAUUCUCGACAGGAUAAUCAUAACGGAUGUAUUAGGUGGAGAUAUUCAGUUUGACUUCUACCACCGAUGGUUUGAUGCAAUCUUUGUGGCCAGUGCUUUUCUUUCAUUGAUUUUACUCUCUGCUCAUUAUACAUCUCGCCAAGCUGAUAAACAUCCAAUUGAUUAAUGUAUUCAUAUGAAGCAUAGUUGUAAUAUGUAUGUUUCACUUCAAAAGGAUAAAAGAAAAGGGAUGACCAGAAUAGGAAGCUAUAUAAAAUGAGAAUCAGAGAUCCAAGUGAUUUGGAUGUACGAAAAAGUUGACCCCUUGUGCCCAAAAGUUGAAAAUGUGGCAGAUUUGUUCAGAUAAGAGGGAAAAAAAAAGUGUUAAACUAUCAAGCAGCAAGUAUUACAUGACUGCUUGAAUGAUCAUGACCCAGAAGCUCCACACAUGAGGACCAUGUCGGCGAAUAGAAGGUUGAAGUUUUGAUAGGAUUUAUUUGUUGUACCUAGUGCACAUUAAUGGAAGAUAAAAUUGUUUCUGAUCAAUGAGAUCUUAAGUUCACAAUUUGUAAUUUUUCUUUUAUUUGAUCAAUCAAUGGUCAAGUCCUUCAAAAACCUGUAUUCCCUGUACAGCCAUGAAUUUGGUUUCAUUCAAUGCAAAUUCUUCAUCUUGUGUUCCAUGGUCAUGUGAUGGAUUCUCAGUGGGUACCGCUGCUGAUGUCAAUUUUGGUGGCAAGAAGCUUCAACCGAUGGUCAUGGAAAACUGUGGAAGGUCUUCUUUUAGAUUACUGCAGCAAGGCAUUAGUUGGGUAACAGUGGUGUUGACAGUAUUGUAUCAGAUAGCUGAUUUGUAGUAGCUGGUUUGAAUAUUGAAUUAUGUUAUCAAUGGACUAAAGUUGUGCAUAUUUUAAGGUGGUA